AUGCAGACGGUUGAGGAGCUGAAAAGUACAUAUGGCGUGCCCAUAUUCAAGACUUUUGACGAGUUUUUGCAGUCGCCGGCGGCAGCCCACACGGAUGGCGUGGUGGUGGCUACUUCCCACUCGGCCCAUGCUGAAAUUGGCUUGAAAGCCUUGGGUGCUGGCUUCCAUGUUUUCAUGGAGAAGCCCAUGACUACCGACCCUGCCGAAGCUAGCAGUCUUGCCAAAGCCGCAGCUGACCAAGACAAAGUUUUCUUGGUCAACAACACUGCUAACUUCCGCGACUCUGCCGAGCAAGUUCGUGAGGUGGUCAAAGGCAAGCUUGGCACCAUCAAGUUCGCACAGGGUUUUAUGGCCUGUCCGCUGCUCUGGUUGUUCGAGAACCCAGAAAAUGGGGGCUGGGUCCGACCUUCUGGAACCAUGGAAGGAAAUGGCUUCGGAUGGGGACAGAUGUCUCAUGCAUUGGCCUGGCUCUUCUAUGUCACAGAGCUGGACCCAAAGACCGUGUAUUGCAGCAUGGUUUUGUCGGAGAAGACUGGAGCUGACAUCUUCGACACUGCCAUUAUUCAGUGCUCGUGUGGAGCUAUCCUGAACGUGCAGGGUACAGCCUCUUUGCCUUUCCAGUCCUACUCCAGUUCCACCAAGAAGAUCGAUAUGAAGAUCUUCGGUUCCGAAGGAGUGGUGACGUACAGCGGGGAGGACAUGCAUCCUUCAUCAGGGGGACUGAGAGUGCAGCUUCAUGAUGGCAGUGAGCAUUACAUUCCAGGCUUCUAUUUCGAGAACUACGAUUCUGAAGGAGAUGGGCCAGAAUCACUCCAGUCAUUCAUCAAAGGCUGCAUGAACCAACCUUUUACCAAUGCCGCUGACGUGCUUCUGGGAAAGAAGGCAGGAGAGCCUUCUGAAUUGUGGUCGUGCCGCUGGUUGCUUACUGUUAUCUUAAACCCAGAACUGUGGGAAGCUGCCAGUGAAGUCUGUACAUGCAUGAUAUGCUUUCAGAGUAUCAUGAUGGAUAUUGAUGGACAUCGUGGCAAGGGCAGCUGGCCUAUAAACACGAGCCAGCUUGGAAGCUUCGAUUUUUUUUUCGGUAGGUGCUUGUGUCUUCAUAGUUCGGAGGUGGUAAGUCCAUUGGGAUGGCACCUACACAACAGGGCGGAUGGUCGGCGCAGAUACUCCGAUGGCCGAGCAAGCCUUUCAAACACAUAA